AUGUCAUCUGUGAUCAAGGAUCAAGUUCCCAUGGACGAAUGGCACCCGUCGGAGGCCGAUGACGGCUCCGACUGUGAUGGUCGCUCGGUUGCCUCAAACGAGCACUCUCAUGGCCCCGUCCAACAGAAAAUGAAACGCAGGGGCAAGAGAUCAACUGCUCAGAGGGGUCCGACGGCGCUUCCCAAGAAUCGUGGCACAGGUUUCGAAGAGUUUUUUGCCGAUCCGCCCAUGACGCCUGAGGAGGCAAAUCUGGAGCAAACGGAGAUCUACUGCCCGACCCUUCCAUUUGAAGAGUACCUGCCAUUUUCCCGUCCCGAUACCCUCACCCGUGCCGCUGGCUCACAUUCCAUCAGGCGAAUCCAGUGCUGCAUCCAGCGCUUCCGUGCACGCCGCCGUCUGAAUCCCACGCAAACGCAGCUCUUCAACGAGUACCUUUUCCUGGGCGGGGUCGACACGGAACCGAAUGCCUUUGGUGGUGGCCACGACCAAAAGGACCUCAAGGCCUUGACGCCGGCCGAAAGACGGCACGCGACCGCCACCGAUGCCGUCCACCUUGGCUCCAGCGCCGACGAUCGUUACUACACCGGCAUUGGGCAUCAUUGGACCGUCGACUUCACCGCCGUCGCUUCUGCUUUUUUUUCGACGUCGCCGGAGCACAUCACAAAGGGAAACUGCGCCGGCGUGGACGAUGCUGCUUGCGUCGUCGAGAACUUUCUCCGAUACGUGUUGCACCACGAUGUCUGUCCCGAGUACGAGACCGACGUGAAGCGGGCGGUGCAGAUGUGCUCGAUGGCCAGGGAGGAGGCGCCUCUUCUGAAAAACCUCAUGCAUUCUCUGCCCGGCGUCUUCAACCUCGCCGCCGCGGACCUUUUCUCCCCGUUGAACCCGCAAGAGUGGGCCUCGUUCCAUUACCCGCGACCGGUCGGCUUCGACGCCAGCAUCGUGUUUUACUCCACAUGCGCUCUUCUCGGCCUUGGCGACGUUCUGAGCGCUGCCCGUUGCGGGGGACCAAAGGCCGUGGCGACGUACGCGUGCGCCGUGGAAGUCAUCGCCGUUGAGCGCGCACCGCCUGCCCUCGCCGAUCGGUGCAGGCGACUCCACGCAGGAGACGGAAGUUGCCGAAUAUCACCUGUGGGCAAGGUACUGUGCAAGCCAUCCAAGAUGGAGGAUGGAUGGGUGACGCCUUCUCAACAUGCUCCGGUGGCCGAUGCAGAACUGGCAUUUUUCUUCGAGGAUGCCAUCGUGGCAAACAUGAAGCCGGGCAUGACGCUGGCGCUGGAAUUCGUGCAGUUGGAUGUGGGAAUCCGCUUCGUCAGGUCCUUUUCCAACGUCGUGCCGACCUUUUACACCUUCCUGCCGCAGGCGCUGAUGAAGCAUUACAAGAUGCCGCGCGAGAAUGAGCGGCCUGCACCGUCAGCAAUCCAUCCACAGGCAGACGGCCAUCAGGAUGAGAGAGAUGCCGAGGACGAGGACGAGACGAGGGACGAGAAUGGUGCCGACGGUCAAAGGGGCCUGUAG